ACUGAGAACCUCUUUCGAGCCUUCUCUACUAUCACUCACACAGAGCUCAUAGUACUCGACACACUUGAUCGUCAUGCUCUUUAAAUCGCUUGCAGCCCUUGCUUCCCUUAGUCUUCUCUCUUUAGCCUCUGCUUGGGAGAUCUUCAUGUAUGAGACUACUGCUGGAGGUGACCCCGAAAACUGCAAUGGCGGUGGAACCACAGUUUCGGGAACUGGUUCCGUGUGCCAGCUUGCUGCUCCCAACACUGUCGCUAUGCAGGUGAUCAAUGAUCCUGAGGGAUGUGAAUUUGAAGUUUUCACUGGAACCGGCUGCACCGGUAGCCUUGUCGGGCAAAAUGGAUUUUGCUUCAACAUCGGAGACCCAGGUGAAUUGCUAUGAUACUCACUGAAAGAUUUGUAAUGACCGUUCGACAGUUUCUGUUAGGGUUCUGUGCUAAAUGGGUCGCAAACAGCACUGAGAUAUAUUGAUUCUUGGAAUGUAGUUUAAGGAGAAAAUGUAGUAGUACAAAUUGUAUGAAAAUAUGAAUUUUGGGACCGCGGUUCA